AUGGGUCUCACCUUCUCCCGAGUAUGGGAGCGAAUGUUCGGCAAGAAGGAGAUGCGCAUCUUGAUGGUCGGUCUCGAUGCUGCCGGAAAAACCACCAUCCUGUACAAGCUCAAGCUUGGUGAAGUCGUGACCACCAUUCCUACAAUUGGAUUCAACGUGGAGACUGUGGAAUACAAGAACAUUUCAUUUACAGUUUGGGAUGUCGGCGGUCAAGACAAGAUUCGACCUUUGUGGCGUCACUACUACCAAAACACGCAGGGAUUGAUCUUUGUCGUGGAUUCCAAUGAUGCCGAUCGUAUCGAUGCGGCCCGUGACGAGAUGCACCGAAUGCUCAACGAAGAUGAACUCCGGGAUGCCGUCUUGCUCGUCUUUGCCAAUAAGCAGGAUCUGCCCAAUGCCAUGAGUGCCGCAGAAAUGACGGACAAGCUCGGACUCCACGGUCUGCGUCCGUCCUACCGUCAGUGGUACAUUCAGGCGUGCUGUGCCACCACGGGAGACGGUCUCUACGAAGGACUCGACUGGCUCUCGGCAACGUUGGUCAAGAAGAAAUAA